AUGAGGCAAAGCACCGAGAUCGCCCCCGGCGUGUGCUUCAACUCCCCACGCUGGAUGCUGAAUCCACUCGCCAUCCCCCUCAACUCCGCCAUCCCCCUCGCAUCGUCGUCGCACCUCAUUCCGGUCGCACACGAUGGCCGCCGCUACGCACAUAUCCCGAUACCGUCGCCAUUCAAGGAGCCGUCACGCGAGCUCAAGAAUCUGCGAAGCAGCAGGGCGUGGCAGAGAGGCGGCACACGCGAACAGCAGGUCGCCGAGAUGGACCGGUGGUUCCCCAACGUCUCAGCCGGUGGUACGACGACCCCAUGCCCGGCUCCUGAGGAAGAGGACGUUGUCAUGUCAGAGCUGUCCAUCAACUCACCCGCCGCACCAACCAAGGCCGACCGCGACAUGUCAGACUGUCCAAUGUCCGACAUUGGCACCCUGUCCAAGCUCCCGGCCGAAGUUCGCAACCAGAUCUACCGUCUUGCUGUCGUCGAGCCUGAGUCGAAUCCCGUCAAGAUCGAGAUGCAGCCAAAGACCUGUUCGCUAGGCACCUGCCUCCACAACAAAGCAUCCUACAACCUGCCCGGCAUCGCCAGCACCUGCAAGCAACUCCGCUGGGAGGUCGCGCCUAUUUUCCUGGUCGAGAACACAGCAUUCACCUUCGACGACAGCGUGGUGCAGCAAUGCUGCGUCAACAACUACAUCCGCACCUUGGGCCCGUUUGUGGACAUCAUCCCACAAUUCGACUUCCUGCUCAAGCGCCCGAUUUGGGCUCACGACACAUUCUUGGAGUACCUGACCUACAACUUCACUCUCACUCCACCCAAAGGCGAAGACGGAGUGUUUGCUCUGACUCAGGGGGAGGCUGGUGAUCGCAAGAUCUGCCAGUGUCAGCUCAACAGGCUGGUGAGACACCUGAAUGCGCGCCAGGUCAAGUUGUCUAUCGGCGAGUGGGUCAAGGAGUUUGUUGAUUCAGACGAGUUCUCGGACUUCGUGUGGCGUACGCGCAAGACGAAGCAAUGGACGACGCAUCUUCCAAAGUGCAGGAGGUGCGGCGAGGUCUACUUCAACAAUUGA